GAUGCCGAGGAGGAAUCGGGUGUUCGCGCCGAGGAACGCGCUCGAUCUCGACGUCACCGACGAACACUUCCUCUUUCCUGGUGAACCGAGUGUGCAUAAAGAAAGAAAUAAGUAAACCGAAUAAACAAAGCCGCGCAUUUCGAUAACAAAGUGGACAGACGUCGAUCCCUUCUAAUCAACAACGUGAAAAAUUCGUCCGAACGUCGAUCGACGUUCCCGAGCCUUGAGUGAAGCGGCCGCCAUCUUGUUUUUCCUGGUCAGAUUUGGAACCGAUGGCGACCGUGAACCGAUUCGAACAGUGGCCUUGAACUUGGCAGACCAGGAAGCGGAAGUGUCUGAAGAGCGUCGCAAAUAGUCGGUAGAGGUUCUCAGCCCGCUAUGCCAUCGCAGUGCCGAUCUUCGCAGAAAAUCGAGCGUGGCCAUCCGAGGUGCAAGCGGAAGGACUGACCGGAAGUGCGGCCAUUUUAUGGCGAGAAACUCCGCUCUAAGACGUCGCUUCAGUUGGAACCGGCCGAUUUAUCGAGAGGAGCUGCGGGAGAAUCGCGAGCUGCGGCCAUCAGGAGCGACUCGAGGCUCUCCGAAGCUAGGAAUCAUAAAUUCCCUGCUGCGAUAAAACGACGAUCAGAUACCCGGUGUUCACCAAUGAGCAAAGGGAGCAGCCGUGGCCAAAGACAAAAACAGGGAACACGCACUCGAACCGGGCAUUGUUUUACUCCUGCGACCAGGGGCAGGACCUCGACCAACAUUUUCGCUGGCACCUGAGGAACCUUCAUCGCAAACGAUUUCGACGUCGAUUUUUACUGAUUUUUCAAAAUGGGACUCGACUUUCUGGAGGAUGCUGGCGCCGACUUUGAACACGCGAUGACGAUGACUGGGUUUGGAAAGUUUCACUACAUGUUGCUGGCAAUUACUGGUUUGAUCUACAUGGACACUGCAAUUGGCGUGACCAUUCUGUCAUUUGUCCUGCCAGCGGCACAAUGCGAUUUAAAAAUGGACUCCACUGCGAAAGGCUGGCUGUCAGCGGCUCCCAUGCUGGGAAUGGUGAUCGGGUCCUACUUCUGGGGAUGUCUUGCCGACACGAAGGGUCGAAAAGUCGUGUUAAUCGCCACACUUUUAAUGGACGGUGUGGUCGGCAUUAUCUCCUCCUUCGUCCAGUAUUUCUGGGUCUUCCUGGGUUUUCGAUUUCUCAGCGGAUUUGCGGUGACGGGAGCCAUGGGAAUUUGUUUCCCAUACCUCGGUGAGUUUCAGCCCACAAAACACCGAGAGAAGAUCCUUUGCUGGAUGGAGAUGUUCUGGACCAUCGGAGUAAUUGUACUGCCUCUCAUCGCCUGGGUAAUCGUCCCCUUGGACCUUCUUUACGAGUCCGACACAUUUCGCUUCAAGUCGUGGAACCUCUUCGUGGCUCUCUGUGCUCUUCCUUCUCUGACUCUUGGCCUCUGGCUCUUCGGGUUUCCGGAAAGCCCGAAAUUCCUGCUGGAAUGCGGCGAUACCGAAGCUGCCCUCGAGGUUUUCAAGUGGAUCUACUCCCAAAAUACCGGAAACGACCCCGAAACAUAUCCUGUGAAGUCCCUGCAGGAGAAGUCAUCCUCUAAGGACACCAGGUCGUUGAAGCUGCACAAGAGGAAGGACCUUAAAGUCCUUUUCUCGGAGGUGAAGGACUUAACCAUAGCCUUAUGCAAGCCUCCACAUCUUAGAAACACCAUCCUGGCCUGUGCUAUCCAAUUUGGAUUGACCAGCAGUUAUUACACUCUCAUGGUGUGGUUCCCCGAACUGUUCACCAGAUUCGAGGAAUUCGAGAGGAACAAUUACGGGGAGACAAUUUCCGUAUGCAUCGCUUCUACCUUGCCGGAAAAUUCAACAAAUAUCGAUCCUUAUGGAUGUGAAACGACGAUUGCACCUUCGGUGUUCCUUCACACGGUUUACAUAGGACUUGCUUGUCUGCCUGGAUCGAUCAUUCUCCCCUUAUUUAUUCACAGGCUAGGAGCAAAGUUUUUUUUGAUCGUCUCGUUGAUGGUCUCCGGUGCAGUGACGAUCGGUUUUUAUUACGUGGUGAACUCUGUCCAAAAUCUGGUCCUCUCCUGCAUCUUCGAAGCUCUUACGUCUCUCUGCAUCUCUCUAGUAUACUGUGUAAUCGUCGACAUGUUCCCGACGAAUCUUAGGGUAAUGGCGGCCGCCCUGUCUCUCACCAUGGGAAGGCUGGGUGCUCUUGUAGGGAAUUUGGUCUUCGGAUAUCUGAUCGAUCUGGCUUGCGUGGUUCCGAUCGUUUUAUUCAGUGCAUUCCUAUUUGCAUGCAGUCUCCUCUGUUUCUUCCUACCGAAGACCGGCAAGGAGACUCUGGAUUGAAUGAUGUUAUCAGCUUCGGAUAAUUGUAAUUGCAAGGCAAUGUACAAAAACGACCGUCGUAGGAUCGUAACUCUUGAGGUAGUGAAAAAUCUCUGUGAGAUUUAUUUUCUUUCUCUUUCCCUUCCCCCCCCGUUUUUUUUUUUUUCUAAUCAGUUCCUUAGGCUCGAGGAUCUAGACUGAGUAUUUUAAUAACGGCAGGAUGCGAGAAUCGUUAUAUUUUUAGAUAGACAUUUUGUCCGCGACUUUCGGAUGUUAGGGUUAGUUUCAUUUUACGGAUCUAUCGGAUUAAUUAUGUAUUGUAUUGCGCUGUUUAUCGCCUAGGGAGUGAUUUUGUCAGAUGUGUCGUUGUAUUCGCACGAGUGGCGCGUAUGUACAUGUGUAAAUACGUAUUUAUUCGUUAUCGUCGUUAUCUUUAUGUACAGACACUUUCGUAUUAAGGUGUAACACACGUUUCCUCGUGUAUAGCUAUUUUCGUAAAUCUACCACAUGACGCUUCUGUGAAUCUAGGCACGGUUAAUUAAUUAUUAAUAGAAGUCUAGAGAUAGGUCACAGGGUGUUGUAUGUACAAAGCGAAAGUUUGGAGAAUGUUUGCGGUACAAUUGUUACGAUAAACGGUAUUUAUCAAGA